AUAAACCCAUAUAAUUAGAGAUUAAAUAAAAAUAUUAAAACCCCCAAAGAAAAUAAACCGGAUAAGGUCCUCAUUCAGUGAGUAGGAUUUCAUGGCAGCAACAAAACUGUCAUUCCCUCCAAUUCCAGCUUACACCAUAAAAAAUCAAAGAAACCCAUCCUUUUUUCAAUCAAUUACUCCUAUUUCUUCGAUACCCACAAAUUAUUAUUACAAAUGCUGUUAUUCGAAGCACAAUUUCUCCAUAAAAUCAUCUCCAAUCGUAAGUGUUGUGAAACAAGAUGUUGCUAAAUCAUCCGAUUCAGAGACAUCCAAUUACCCUUCAGCUUCAACUUCUAAGUUGGUUCUUGUUGUUGGUGGCACUGGUGGUGUUGGGCAGAUUGUAGUGGCAUCAUUGCUCGAUCGCGAUAUCAAAGUACGUCUCUUAUUACGAGAUCCUGAAAAGGCAACCAAAUUGUUUGGUGAACAAGAUGAAGAGAAAUUACAGGUGUGUAAGGGGGACACAAGGAACCAAGAGGAUCUUGAUCCAUCAAUUCUCGAGGGUGUCACACAUGUUAUAUGCUGCACAGGGACAACAGCUUUUCCUUCACGAAGAUGGGAUGGAGAUAAUACACCCGAGAGAGUUGAUUGGGAUGGAGUAAGAAACCUCAUAUCAAUACUGCCCUCGACUCUGAAAAGAUUUGUUCUUGUUUCAUCAGUUGGAGUGACCAAGUCCAAUAAACUACCAUGGAGCAUCAUGAAUCUUUUUGGUGUUCUGAAGUACAAAAAGAUGGGAGAGGAUUUUCUUCGUGACUCUGGCAUUCCUUAUACUAUAAUCAGACCCGGGAGGUUAACUGAUGGCCCGUAUACCUCAUAUGAUCUCAAUACUCUACUCAAAGCUACAGCGGGUGAGCGCCGUGCUGUCCUCAUAGACCAAGGGGAUAAGCUUGUUGGAGAAGCAAGCAGACUUGUAGUUGCCGAGGCUUGUAUACAAUCACUGGAUAUUGAUUUCACAGAAGGGGAGAUUUUUGAAAUUAAUUCUGUUCAGGGAGAUGGACCAGGGAGUGAUCCACAGAAGUGGAAAGAGCUGUUUGACGCUGCUCGAACGAAAUAACAAGGCCUGCUUAACUUGCAAGGCUGGUAUUCUAAUUCAAUUCCUGUGCUGAAUUACCUUCUGUUUCCCUAUACUGUUAUGCUGUAUAGUUACUAGAUCACGUUCAUGCAUUUUUAUAGUGAGAAAAUGCAAAUUUGGGAGGAUGAAAAGUAAGGAAUGAUUCUUUCCUAACACUUCUUUUCCUUUCCUUUCCUCUGCUUCCAUUAUAAAGCAAACAUAAGAAAGUUAUUCAAUUCCUUUUUAAUGAUUC